AUGGCGACGGCGUCAGGUGGAGGGCGAGGAGCGUGGGAGCCCGGCGUGGUGGGCGAGAUGCCCUGCUCCUUCGCUCUUAACAUCUUCCCUGAAGGUUUUUCUAUCGACGUUCCCACGCAGGACGGCCGCCCUCCGCCGCGCCUACCGGAAGCGCUGGUGGCGAAGCUGUACCCCUACGACCGCUCCACCGAGUCGUUCCUGCAGGCGAUUGACAGCGGGCAUCUGCCCGGGGACCUGCUGCACGACAUCCCCUGCAUCUACCGCAACGGAUGCGUCGCCUGCGAGGUGCGCGACUACCGCGAGCUGGCGGAGGGGCGAGGCGGCAGCAUGGCGCGCAUCCCCCUGGCAGCAAUGGAGGCAGUGGGGCGGCGGGCGGGCGAGGGGCCGGUGAGGACGUGGCGUGUGGUGCUGAGGCCGACGUCAGAGAGCAUCGCUAAGGACGUCGCCGCCAUGGCUGAUGCCUCCUGGUCGUAUCAGGACAUGCUGGAGGUGGAAGCGCGCAUUCUGAGGGCAGUGCAGCCGCCGCUGUGUCUGGACCCCAGUCCGCGUGUGGCAGAGGUGGCGAGGCAGCACCACUUCCACAAGGCGAAGCUGCACGCCGUGCCGCCUGCCUCGCGGCACCGCGGGCUGCUCAAGUACCGCCGCCUCGCCCUGUUGCCCGCCUGGGACCCCUUCUCGCCCCUCCGCCGCGCCGUGGCAGGGGAUGCCGUCGCGGAGGGUGAUGGGGAGGAGGAGGAGGAGGAGGAGGAGGAGGAGGAGGAGGAGGAGGAGGAGGAGGAGGAGGAGGAGGAGGAGGAGGAGGAGGAGGAGGAGGAGGAGGAGGAGGAGGAGGAGGAGGAGGAAGAGGAGCGAGGGAAUGGGGAGGGGUCUUUGAAACGAAGCCUUCUGGGUGGCGCAUUUGGGGGAGCGGCUGCAACCGCAGGCACGGCUGUAGCAGGGGUGGGUGCUGCAGGAGGCGGCACAGCAGGGCUGGGUGCGGCAGGAGAGGGAGGGGCGGGGGGGGAGCUGGAGCAGGGGCAGAGGGGUGCUGGGGGCGAGGAGGGUGGGGUGGAUGAUGCAUUGGAUGGGGGGUUGGAUGGGGGGUUGGAUGGGGAUUUGGAUGGGGGGUUGGAUGGGGGAUUGGAGGAGAGUCUCGAUGGAGGGUUGGAUGCUGGGUGGGAGGAUAAGAACGAGUCGCUGGAUGAGUUUGCAGCAGCAGGUGGAGUUGCAGCGACGCAGGCAGCAGCAGCUGCUGCAGCAGAAGCAGCAGGAGGAGGAGCAGCAGCAACAGCAGUUGCUGCUGCAGCAGAAGCAGCAGGAGGAGCUGCAGAAACAGCAGCUAGAGCAGCAGAAGCAGCAGCUAGAGAAACAGAAACAGCAGCUAGAGCAGCAGAAACAGGAGCAACUGCAGCAGCAGCAGCUGAAACAGCAGCAGGAACAGGAGCAGCAACGGCAGCAGCAGCUACAACAGCAACAGCAGCAACAGUGGCAGCAACAACAACAGCUGCAGCAACAACAACAGCAGCAGCAGCAGCAACAGCAGCAGCAAAGGCAAGGCCAGGCCGCUUACCCUGGCCAGUUACCUACAGCAGGGGCAGCAGCAGUGCCAGCAGCAGCAGCGGCAGCAGAGGAGAGGGCGAGCGCCCACCAGUGCCGCAACUGGCCAAGCCCGGCAUUGCUCAGCAGUCGCACCUGCCGCCACCCCCACAUGGUCAACAGGCACACCCCGUGCAACCAGGUGCCCCUGAGGGAACCACUCCUGCUGUUGCUGCUGCUCGCCCACCCAUGCCUCCUGAAGUACCAUCGCCUGCUGCUGCUGCAGGUAUGGCCGCACGUGCGGUUGUAAUGGCGCCACCUGAAGCCAAAUCUCAGGUCCGGCCCAGCCUGCCUGUUCAGCAGCAGCAGCAAGCAGCAGGCAUGGUAGCUCCUUCUCAGGUGGCGGAUGGGGAGCAGGGUCGUAAGGCAGUGGUGGCAGCAGCACCAUCAGGGCCCCCAGGUGGCAUUGUGGUGGAGGGCGCACCUGAGGACAGGGACAAACCAAAACCUCCUGCUGCUCCUGUAGCGCCUGCAGUUGGUACCACCGCGGUUGCUGCUGCUGCUGGCUCAUCAGGGCAGCAGCAGCAGCAGCAGCAGCAGCAGAAGGCAGCUGUCGCUGCUCCAGCAGACACGAAGAGGGCGUUGAAAGCUCUGCUAUCAAUCAUUAAGAGCCACAGCCUGUAUCCGCCAGCACCAUCGUCCCCCGAGGUCUUGCCACCCCCCAAGCGCAGCAACCCGGACCCGGCGUUGGUGCGGCAGGCGCUGGCGGGGGGAGGGGAGGAGCCAGCAGAGCCCAAGGGCAAGCGCAGCCUGCGCUUCUCGCUGCUCACUGCAGGCGUCAACGUCAAUGCGCCCAAGAUGCGCGGACUCACCUUUGUUCGCCUUGACUCCAACCCGCAAGGUGUGAGGCGCAUGCAGCAGCGACUGGUGAUGAGGGGGCGGCAGAAGGACGAGUGUGUCGAGGCUAUCAUACAGGAGGGCGCCGAUGGCGAUGCUGACGCUGCCGGUGCGGGAGGAGGGGCGGGCGGGUCGAGCAUCUCGCUGCGCCGCGACCAGCAGCUUCCCCUCAUGCCCAACACCGUGAGCUUCCCCUCAUGCCCAACACCGUGA